UUUGGAGAAAAAUGGCAACGCCUCCAAACAACUGACCGGACGCGAUGUAAUGUGUGACAGCUGAUGACAGCUUUCUGUUGCUCUUUCAGAGUUUUGUUUUGAUUUUAAGUUAAUCCGAUGGAUAGUGACACGCGACGCGAUGUUUCUAUCGUGAAACAUUUAACGAAACAGUUUCUUUGCUGUACCGCGAUAACUAAAAUUAACUUUAUGCUUUUAGAUGAAAAUGGAGAUUAUCCUUUCGAUUUAGAUAUCCAGAAGCAAGUCUUAGAUAGUACGAUAAAUAGUGAUUUGAUUAAGCAAUAUCCGAUAAAAACGUCAUAUCAGAAAGCAUUCUUAAAAUUGUUUAUGGCAAAGAUAGAAGAAAGCGGUACUGAAAUUCAUGAUGACUUAUACACAGCAUACUGUAGAUUAAUAUCAUUGCAAGAUGAAGAGUCUGUACAUUACCGUCAUUUUUUAAUAGAAAAUGGAACAUUAAGUUGCAUCACAUUGAAAGAGAGUACAAAUCUGAUUUCUAAAGGAACUACAGGUUUAUGUAGCUGGCAGGGUGCUGUAGUAUUAAGUGAUUGGUGUGCAGAAAAUAUAAAACAGUUUCAAGGAAAAAAUAUACUAGAACUUGGAUGUGGAGUUGGAUUGACGGGUAUGAGCGUUACUAGCAUAUGCUCUCCAAAACAAUAUAUUUUCUCCGAUUGUCAUCCAACAGUACUAGAUAUGCUUUGUGAAAACGUAAAACUUAAUUUCUUGCUGAAUAAGCAACAUAAACUAUCAAAUAUGCACGAUACAUCAUUAAGGCUAAAAUUACAAUUAAAAUAUAAACAAACUGACAUUCAAAUAAUAGAUUUGAAUUGGCAAGAUAUUGAUAAAUAUGUAACAGAGAAUUUCUCGCAGCCUGAUAUAAUUAUUGCUGCUGAUAUUCUCUAUGAAAGUGAUUCAUUUGAUUCAUUGACAUUAGGAUUAAAGCAUCUGUUAACAUCAAGUAAUUAUGCUGUAUUUGCUGCCACAAUUCGCAAUGAGGAUACUAUCUCGCAGUUUUUGGAGCACUUGGGAAAUCACAAUCUUGCUUUUGAAGAGUGUAUCUCACCGAAAUGGACUGUGUUGAUACAAUCAAUUAAUUCGCCUGUUCGAAUAUUGAAAAUUUUUCGAAAGAUUUGACAAUUUUAUUCGGAAUAAUUGAUUAUCGAUUUAUUUACAAUUAGAAGAUAAUCAGACUAGGAGGGCAAUUAAACGAGGCGAA